GUUAAAAAAAAAAAAGUGAUUUCCUCAAACAAUUUUCAGAUUUUCUAAUUUUCUAUAGAGUUUACCUAUAGUAUAUUGCCGUUAAAUUUCCUAUAGAAAACUUAUAGCGAAUGUGACUUCAUCUAUGAUUGAUAUUAUUAUAAGAUACAAAACGAUUUUUUAACUUAAAAUCCAUUUUAUGUGUUAAAGUGGUAUCAACUCAAAAUGACUUCGAUUUUUGAUCAAUACGAGCAGGCGUCUCAGAUUUCCCAGCGCUCAGUGCCAGUGUCUGAACAGAUGACGUCGUCGGGCUACAUCAAUAUGCAGUUGGAAGAUAAUACACCAAUGUUUUCUAAACAAAAGAUGAAUUUUAACCCAUCUGACCUGAUCACCCAUGUAGCGGUGUCUAGUGACUUCUUGGUCCUGGCUAUGGCUAACGGAAAGCUGUUCAGGCUUGAUUUGAAGAUGCCUGAUCAACAUGAAGAAAUCCAUUAUGCGAAAUUCGUGCAACCAAACUCAAAACUCACAGCCAUAUUCCUGGACCCAUUGGGUUACCAUCUGCUCAUGGCUUUUGCUGCUCGGAACAAAGAGGGUAGCCCUGAGUUAGUCUAUCUGCAUCGUAAGAGCAUCAAACUUAAACCAGUAACCAAGUCUAAGAACUAUGAGGUAACAGAAGUUGGGUGGAACUAUGAGAACAAGUCUUUGACAACCACAGGUCCUAUACUGCUAGGUACUUCGCAAGGACAUAUACUUGAAACUGAGUUGGAAGCAGAGAGUGAUAAGAUGUUUACAGCUAGCCAGCAAUAUUGGAGACAGCUGCCUACUUAUCUUCCUAUUUAUGGAGGCAAGGAGAUUGAUGGUUUGAUAUUCGACAUCGGUAGAGGCAUGAACACGCCUAUCACAGGCAUACAAUUCCACCGAGUCGGAAACACUAGUAAAUUCUUCAUCUUCGUCACCACACCCACCAGGCUCUACCAGUUCAUAGGCCACGCUAUGAUGGCUGACGACAAACCUUCCCUACAGUCUAUAUUUCAUCCGUAUCUCACUACUCCGGAGACUGGAUUCCAGGAAAUACCUUCCACAUUGAAAUAUUCCAAGUUACAGUUCUAUUUUGAUAAGAAUAAUACUCCAAGGACGUUUGCGUGGUUGACUGAACCGGGCAUAUUUUAUGGACAGCUAGAUCCAACAUCACAACAAAACUCAAAUUCACUCUUUACCCAAAGCGAACUCAUAAACUAUCCAUCCGAUAAAGAUUCAAGUGAAGAAACAACACCACUGUCAUUUGUACUGACCGAAUUUCAUGCUUUACUCAUGUUCUCUGAUAGAGUCAAAGCUGUUUCACUUUUAAACCAAGAACUAGUCUACGAGGAUAAAUAUUCAGAAGUCCACGGGAAGUUAAAGAAUAUAGUACAAGAUCCCAUAAGAAAGACAAUAUGGGCGGUCACAGAUAAAGCAGUUUUUAGAUACAAAGUCAAAAGAGAGGAACGAAAUGUAUGGAGGAUUUAUUCCGACAAAGAACAGUUUGAUCUAGCAAAACUUUAUUGCCAAAACAAUCCUGCAUUCAUCGAUAUCAUUAAUGUUAAACAGGCAGAAUUACUCUUCAAUAAAGGGGAUUAUGAUAGAAGCGCAGAAAUAUAUGCAGAGACCCAAAGCAGUUUUGAAACGGUAUGCCUAAAAUUUUUGGAAGUCGAUCAAGUUAAUGCUCUAAAAGUCUAUUUAGGAAAGAGACUAGAGGCUUUAGAGGAUGAUAAAACUCUAAUUUCCAUGAUAGUUAUUUGGAUGACGGAACUGUAUUUAUCACAACUCGGGUCGUUACGACGUACGGGGAAGGCAGAAUCGCAGGAGUACUAUCAAAUUCAAAGCGAUUUCGAAGUUUUUCUCCUGCAACCGAAAGUCGUAAAAUGUAUGCAGCAUAUAAAAUCUGUUAUCUACGACUUGAUGUCUUCUCAUGGUGACAAAGAUAAUCUUAUUAAACUAACGAUGAUUAAUGAAGAUUAUGAAAACGUGAUAGCCCAGCAUAUAUACAAGAAGUCGUAUAUGGAAGCGCUGAAAAUGCUUCAGUCUAAGAAAAGACCUGAAUUGUUCUACCAGUUCGCGUCAACGCUUAUGGAAGAAAUUCCUUCUCAGACCGCCACUGCUUUGAUAGCUCAAGGCCCUUUACUGAAUCCUACUAAACUUUUACCAGCCUUUUUGUCCUGUGAAAACGAUGAAGUUCAUAUUUCGGAAAUUAUUAGGUAUUUGGAGUUCAUGCUCCAGAAUUUUAACGUGAAGGAUAAGGCGAUACAUAAUUAUCUGUUGACUUUGUAUGUGGAAUACGAUCAGGGAGCGUUGAUGAAGUAUUUGACGAGACAGGGGCAGGAAAUUGUGCUGGUUAACUACGACGUUCAUUAUGCGUUGAGGCUCUGCAGAGAGAAGGGUUUGUCAGAAGCGUGCGUAAAGCUAUCAACUCUGCUGGGGCUGUGGGAGUCGGCCGCGGAGUUGGCGUUAGAAGUGGACCUGACUCUGGCGAAGAGCGUCGCCAAUAUGCCGGACGAUGAGAGCCUGCAAAGGAGGCUUUGGCUCGGAAUAGCCGAACACGUGAUAACCAAGAACCAAGACAUCAAGGAAGCGAUGAGUUUACUAGAAGAAUGUCCGCUCAUCAAGAUCGAGGAUAUCCUGCCCUUCUUCAGCGACGUGGUCACCAUCGACCACUUCCGAGAGCCCAUUUGCCAAUCCUUGGAGGAAUAUAACAAACAAAUAGAAGAGAUUAAAGCAGAAAUGGAGGAGGCCACUAAUUCUGCUGAAUGUGUCCGUAACGAAAUCCAAUCGUUCCGUAACCGGAGCGUGCUAGUGUCGGUGUCGGACGCGUGCUGCCUGUGCGACAUCGCGCUCCUGCUGCGCCCCUUCUACCUGUUCCCCUGCGCUCACAGGUUCCACAGCGACUGUCUCAUGGCUGAGAUGCAGCCCAUACUGGCGCCGGCCAAACGCAACAAACUAACAGAUCUACAACGCAAACUGAAAGUUCUCCCCAGCAUAGAACUUAACACGGUCACUUCCAGCGGGUUGCCUCUCAAGGAAGUGCUGAAGAAUGAAAUGGAUGAUAUUGUGGCGAGCGAGUGUGUGUUCUGUGGAGAGCACAUGAUCACUUGUAUUGACAAACCGUUCAUUGCUGAUGAAGACUGGGACCGAGUGAUGAAGGAAUGGGAGUGAAUGGGGAAAUGGGAAUAAUUUGGAAAA